UCCUAUUAAUUAUAAUCAUGUAUUCAGUAUAAAGUAUUAUUCUAGGACAACAGGACAAUAAUACUUUACUAAUAGUUUUGAUUUGUAACAACAAAAAAUGGCCAAAACUAAGAAAAGGAAUGAAGGAAGGAUAAGGAAAUCUGCAUCUGGAGAUAAUCCAGACCGAGCUAAAGAAGUUGGCAAAGGAGGUCAAAAUAUGAGAACCAAGGCAACAAUAAAGAGACUUAAUAUGUACAGAGGUGGAAAGGCUGUGAGAAAUCGUAAAGGAAAAAUUGUGAAACCUCCUGAAUUUCAAGGAGAGCUUCCAUCUGGUACACAAGCACGAGUGGAACCAAACAGAAGAUGGUUUGGUAACACAAGGGUCAUCGCUCAAAAAAAUCUUCAGAGAUUUCAGAAAGAAAUUGGAAAUGUUAUGAAGGAUCCAUAUCAACUUGUGUUAAGAACUGGGAAAUUACCAAUGUCAUUAUUACAUGACAGAGCCAAGAAUGCUCGGGUACAUAUUCUUGACACUGAAAGUUUUGGGUCAACAUUUGGGAAGAAAUCAACUAGGAAACGUCCAAGUUUAAAAUUUACAGAUUUAGAAUCGUUGUCUGCUGAGGUUGAAAAAUCGUCAGAUCUCUAUAAAGAAGAAAAAGAUUUGGAUUUAGUACGAGAGGAUGACGGGACAAAAAAUGUUGUUCUUGGUGCGUACUUCACUGCUGGGCAGUCCAAGCGCAUUUGGAAUGAACUGUACAAGGUUGUGGAUUGCUCUGAUGUUAUCAUUCAAGUGCUUGAUGUGAGAGAUCCGAUGGGAACACGGUGUCCACAUGUUGAAAGAUAUCUUGCAAAAGAAAAACCUCACAAACAUUUGAUAUUUAUAUUAAAUAAAGUUGAUUUGGUACCAACUUGGGUCACUAAAUCUUGGGUUGCCACUUUAUCAAAAGAGAGACCGACGCUAGCGUUCCAUGCAUCUAUAACUAACCCAUUUGGAAAAGGAGCCUUGAUCAAUUUACUAAGGCAGUUUGGAAAACUUCAUAGUGACAAGAAGAAUAUUAGUUGUGGAUUUAUUGGUUAUCCUAAUGUGGGGAAAAGUUCUAUCAUUAAUACUCUGAGAAAAAAGAAAGUUUGCAAUGUUGCUCCGAUAGCAGGAGAAACCAAGGUUUGGCAAUACAUAACUCUGAUGAAAAAAAUAUUUUUGGUGGAUUGUCCUGGAAUUGUCUAUCCAUCUGGUGAUACUGAAACUGAGAUAAUAUUGAAAGGAGUUAUUAGAGUUGAGCAUGUGAAAAAUCCUGAAGAUCACAUUCCUGAAGUUUUAAAUCGAGUAAAGAAGGAAUAUAUAUCUCGGCAAUAUCAAAUUAUUGGUUGGACAGACCAUGAAGAUUUUUUGGAACAAAUGGCGAGAAGAACAGGAAAAUUGUUGAAAGGAGGUGAACCAGAUGUUAAGACUGUAUCAAAGAUGAUAUUGAACGAUUGGCAGCGAGGAAAAAUUCCUUAUUUCAUAAUUCCAGACUGGUUGAAAGAAAAACAGCAACAAAUGAAAGAUGAUUUAAUUGUUGAAAUUGCAAACCAGUCAACUGCUGAGGUUGAUGAUUCAAAUGAUCCAACAUUAGCAACUGAAAUGGAAAAAAAUUUGCAACCAAUCAAGCAAAAUUUGUCUGAAGUUAAGGUUGAUCUUGAUUUUGAUAAAGAUGAUGCAGCGGAAGAUGAUCUUGAAAAUGAAAAUCAAGAGGUUUCAUCUAAUAUAGAAGUAAUGGGUAAUGAUGAUAAUGUGGAGUCCAAAAGCAAUGUUCAAUUUUCUGGUGCUAAAAGAAAAUCUGUUGCUGAAUUGGAUGAUAAAAUUGAAAAAUAUAGAAAGUAUUUAAAGACUGACAUGAAGAAAAGGCAAGACACAGUAUUUAAUUUUGAUCCUGAGGCAUCUGCGAGGAAUAUGAGCAACUCUGAGAAAAGUAAAACGAAGGCCAAGAAUGAAACAAAAGAUAUUGAAAUCUCUACAGAUAACCUUACGUCCAAACAAAAACGUCGAUUGGAAAGGAAGAAAAAAUCAAAGAAGACUGGAGUUCACUAUUAUUCUGAAGUUAAUGUUAAAAACAAAAACAGAAAUAAAACACCCAAGCUUUGAUGCAA